AUGUUAUCUAAGUGGUUUGUUCUGUGCUUCCUGGCUCUUGGAGCUUUGGCUGCUGAAGAAGACGUUCUUGACCUCACUGACGGUGAUUUCACCGCUGAAUUAGACCGUCAUGACAACACACUUGUUAUGUUCUACGCACCCUGGUGCGGACAUUGUAAACGUCUUAAGCCCGAGUAUGCUGAAGCCGCUGGGAUGCUGAAAGGCAGUGAUCCAGCCAUUACUUUGGCUAAAGUUGACUGUACAGAGGGUGGCAAAGAAACCUGUAGCAAGUAUGGAGUCAGUGGUUACCCAACUUUGAAGAUCUUCUCCAAGAGUGAAAUGGUCAGCGAAUACAAUGGUCCACGUGAAGCUAAAGGAAUUGUCAAAUAUAUGAAGGGACAAGUUGGACCAGCUUCCAAAGAACUUAAAGGUGAAGAAUGCCAGAAAGCAUUCUUGGACACUGACGAAGUUAGCUUCAUCGGUUACUUCGAAGACGAGAAAUCCGAGCUUGCUAAAUCCUUCCAAUCUGUCGCGAAGAAAUUACGUGAGAAAGCGCGUUUCGCUCACUCAUAUGCUAAAUCUCUAUUGAAGAAAGAAGGACUUAAGAACCACAUCAAGUUGUACCGUCCCAAGGUCUUGCAAAAUAAGUUCGAAGAAAGUGUCGUUGAACACGACGGAGGCGACUCAAUUGCUGAUGUCAACGACUUUGUCACCAAGAACUACUUCGGUUUGGUCGGCGUACGUACUCGUGACAACGCUGCGUCAUUCGAGAACCCACUGGUUGUUGCUUUCUACUCUGUUGACUACGUUAAGAAUCCCAAGGGAACCAACUACUGGCGUAACAGAAUCAUGAAGGUCGCCAAAGAGUUCCCCGAAUUCAACUUUGCUAUCUCAAACAAAGAUGACUUCCAACACGAGCUCAAUGACUUUGGAGUUGAGUUCACCAAAUCCGAAAAGCCAGUCGUAUUCGCACGCGACGACAAGGGUCUUAAAUACGUCCUCAAGGACGAAUUCAGCGUCGAGAACUUCCAGAAAUUCGUUAAAGACUUUGAAGAAAAGAACUUGGAACCGUUCAUCAAAUCCGAACCCGUCCCAGAAGAUAACUCUGGCCCCGUUAAGGUUGUGGUUGCCAAGAACUUCGAGGAAGUUGUUACCAAACCAGAUGCUGAUGUUCUCAUUGAGUUCUACGCACCCUGGUGUGGACAUUGCCAGAAACUUACUCCAAUUUACGAUGAAUUGGGUGAGAAGUUGGCCAAAGAAAACGUUGUCAUCGCCAAGAUGGACGCUACCGCCAAUGACGUACCUCCAGAGUUUGAAGUACGUGGCUUCCCAACUCUCUACUGGGUACCCAAAAAAUCCAAGAGCUCGCCAGUCAAGUACGAAGGUGGACGGGAGCUCAACGACUUCAUCAAGUACAUCGCCGAACACUCGACUGACAAACUCAAGGGUUAUGACCGUAAAGGAAACCCCGUCAAGACUCCAAGUGAUGAGCUUUAAAAAGCCUGACUAUCUUUACGUUUAUUUUAUAAUAAUUUUAACAGAAAAAUUAAUUUUAUUUCCUCGGCAUAAAUUACAUAUGUCAUGA